AUGACACUGGAAAGUUUUGACAGUUUUACAAGUAGUAAUAUGACUACAAAACGUAAUAAUCCUCUCAAUGUUGAAAAAUCUAAUGGAACAGUAGAGGGUUUAGAGGAAAAAAUUUUCUUUAAAGAUGAUAAACAUAUAAACUUCAUCGACAUUGAAGCACAUCGUUCCACUCAAUCUAUACCGUUUGAUGCAGAUGAAAUUGAGUUAGUAGAAAGAGAGGGCAAAUUACAGCAGGGCUUGAAAUCUCGUCAUAUCCAAUUGAUUGCCUUAGGUGGGGGUAUUGGUACAGGUCUCUUCGUUGGGACAAGUUCUACAUUGGCUACGUGUGGUCCUGCAGGUUUGGUCAUCUCUUAUAUCAUUAUUUCCACAGUCAUCUACCCAGUUAUGAACGCUUUUGGUGAAAUGGUUUGUUAUCUACCAGGUAAUGGUAAUGACUCUGCAGGUUCUGCAGCUUAUUUGGUCGGUAAGUAUGUUGAUUCGUCUCUAGGUUUCGCUACAGCAUGGAAUUACUAUUAUUGUUUGAUUAUUCUUACCGCUGCGGAAUGUAUUGCAGCCUCGGGUGUUAUAGAAUAUUGGACCACUGCUGUUCCCAAAGGUGUUUGGAUUUUGAUUUUUUUGUUAGUUAUCAUUUUAUUGAAUUGCAGCCCUGUUAAGUAUUAUGGGGAAUCAGAAUUCUGGUUUGCUUCAAUCAAAGUGUUAUGUAUCAUUGGGUUGAUAAUUUUGUCCUUUAUUCUCUUCUGGGGUGGCGGUCCAAACCACGAUCGUGUGGGAUUCCGUUAUUGGAUACAUCCUGGUCCGUUUGUCUACCAUAUUACAACAGGCUCCUUCGGACGAUUCUUAGAUGUUUAUACUGGUAUUAUUAAAGGUGGUUUUGCAUUCAUCCUAGGCCCUGAAUUAGUCGCUGUGACUUCUUCUGAAUGUGAAGAUCAAAGAGCAAAUAUUGCUAAAGCAUCAAGAAGAUUUGUUUGGAGAUUAAUGUGUUUUUACGUUCUUGGUGCAUUAUCCAUCUCUGUUAUUGUGGCAUCUAAUGACCCCGUGUUAGAAAAUGCAUUAGUACAGGGGAAACCAGGUGCUGGAUCUUCCCCUUUCGUCAUUGGUAUUCAAAAUUUUGGUAUCCAAGUGUUGCCACAUAUUAUCAAUUUUUGUAUUUUAACUAGUGCGUGGUCAGCAGGUAAUGCAUUCAUGUUUGCAAGUACCAGAUCCUUAUUGACAAUGGCAAAGAAUGGACAAGCUCCCCAGAUUUUGGGCCAUAUCAAUAGAUUUGGUGUCCCAUAUAUGGCUUUAGCUUUAUCUAGUGCCAUUGGAUGCCUGGCAUUUUUAAAUUCGACUGCUUCCACUGCAGACGUAUUCAACUGGUUCUCAAACAUUAGUACCAUUGCAGGUUUCAUUGGUUGGCUAUGUUCGUGUAUUGCAUAUAUAAGAUUUAGAAAGGCAAUUGAAUACAAUGGUCUAUUAGAAAGACUGCCAUAUAGAGGUGCUUUAAUGCCAUAUUCGGUGUAUUAUUCCCUUUUUGUGGUGGCCUUGGUCAUUUUGACUAAUGGUUAUGCAACUUUCAUCCCAAAAUAUUGGAGAGUGGCAGAUUUCAUCGCAGCUUAUAUUAAUUUACCUAUUUUUAUCACACUUUGGUUUGGUCAUAAGAUAUGGACACGUACUUUUUUCAAGAGAUGGUGGAAACCUGUAGAAGUCAUUGAUGUCACUACUGGAUUAGAGGAGAUAGAAGAAAAAACUAGAGAAUUGGAUGAGGCGAGAGUUUAUCCAACAACCAUCUGGGGUAAGAUUGUUGACGCCAUAUUGUGA